AGGGAGGAAUUCCGGGCGCGAGCGGGGCUGCUCUUUUCCGAGAACACGGCCCGGUCCCCGGGGAACGCGACAUGACCUCUGUGGUGGUCGUUGAUGGCGGGGGAACAGCGGUGGAGUACGUCAGCGCGAUGGAGACGCCGCAGCAGGAGGAGGGGCAGGGGGAGGAGGAGUACCCGGCGGUGAUUGUGGAGCCCAUGCCCAGCACUCACCUGGAGCAGUGCUACGCCGCCCAGGUACUCGUCUACGACGAUGAGACCUACCUGAUGCAGGACGUUGCGGAGGAGCAGGAAGUUGAGACCGAGGUCAUAGAGACAGUGGAGGCGUCGGUCCACGGCAGCAGCGUCCACUGCUCAGACAAGACGAUCGAGGCGGCAGAGGCCCUCCUUCACAUGGACUCUCCCACCAGCCUGAGAGGGGAUCGCAGCCCAGUGGAGGAGUUCUCGGCACCCUGCGCGGCCACGCCGGAGUUCAUCCACGCCGCCAUGCGGCCGGACGUGAUCACGGAGACGGUGGUGGAGGUGUCGACGGAGGAGAGCGAGCCCAUGGAGGUGUGCCGGGUCCUGGAGGCCCCCGAGAGCGAGCCGGCCAAGAGGAAGAAAGCGGGGAGAAAGCCAAAGAUGCAUCAGCCAGUUUCAAACGGCUCACCUGAUCUGGGUAUCAAGAAGAAACCGAGGGAAGGCAAGGGUAACACCACCUACCUGUGGGAGUUCUUGCUGGACCUCCUCCAGGACAAGAACACCUGUCCCAGGUACAUAAAGUGGACGCAGAGAGAGAAGGGCAUCUUCAAGCUGGUGGACUCCAAGGCCGUGUCCAAGCUCUGGGGAAAACACAAGAACAAGCCAGACAUGAACUAUGAGACCAUGGGUAGAGCCCUGAGGUACUACUACCAGAGAGGCAUACUAGCGAAAGUGGAGGGCCAGCGCCUGGUUUACCAGUUCAAAGAGAUGCCCAAGAACAUCGUGGUGAUCGACGAGGACAAGACGGACGCGGCGGUGGAGGGGCUGCUGGCAGCGGAGCGGCCGUGCGAGCGGGUGCCCCCGGCCUCCGAGACGCUGCUGACCGCGCCCGAGCUGGCCAAGGCCCCCGGCAUCCUGCGGGGCGCGGUGCGCACCCUGGUCCAGCCCGGCCUGGCCGCCAAGGGCAAGGGCGGCCACCCCGCGGCCCGGAUCGUGACGGUGACGACGGCCUCGGACGCGUGCCACCCGCAGCAGCAGACCCAAACUGCCAUCAUCCCCACAGCCUCAGGGCCCAGGACGGUACGGGUGGCCAUGCAGGUGCCGGUGGUGAUGACGACGUCGCUGGGCCAGAAGAUCCCCACGGUGGCGGUGCACUCCCCCGGCUCGCCCGUCACCAACCCCGCCCCCAAGGUGGUCAUCCAGACCAUCCCCACGGUGAUGCCGGCCACGGCCGAGAACGGCGAAAAGAUCACCGUGCAGCUGGCCAAGAUCAUCACCAUCCCCGCCGCCCAGCUGGCCCAGUGCCAGCUGCAGGCCAAGCCCGGCGUGGGCGUGGUGGGCGCGCCGCUGGCCGUGCGGGCCCUGGCGCCGGUGUCGGUGGCCCCGGGCGCGCAGGUGUUGCGGCUGGCGGUGCCGGCCCAGCAGCCUGGCGAGCAGGCGCCGCGCGUGGUGACCGCCGCCGCCGUCGUCGUGCGCCCCCCGCCCAAGCAGGACGGCACCGCGCAGGACUGUAACACAGAGACUGACGCGGUGAAAACCGAGUCCCCCGAAUGCUGAGAGCGGGGUGGCGGGGAAACGCGGGAAGAACUGACUUUUUACUCCCCCCCCAUCCCUCCUGAGUCUUUUGGUCCCGUCAGAGGCUCUGCUCCAUCAGGGAAGUAACUCAGAGCGACUCAGAACGCCACAUUUUCAACAAAUCCGAAUGUCCGUUUCUUUUUUUGUUUUUUUAAAUAACCGUAGUCAGAGCGACUAUAAAGAUCAAGACACUUAACGAAAUAAGUGGUUUUUGUUUUUUGUUUUUUGGUAACGUACAUCCCAUGGUUUCCAUGGGAACGUCAUCAAAUAGGUCCCUGGGCUCAGCGGUGUCCGUGGAAAUAGGAAUCGGACGAAGGAUGGGAGAAGGGACCAGUUGAAAGCACUACGGUUUUUAUCCCCGACACUAACCUUCCGCAACACUAAAGCAAACGUGAUCUCAAGGAGGGGGAGUGGGCGUGCUGGGGGAUUAGAUGGGAAAACAAGAUUUGUAACACUUUAGUUCAGUGGGAUUUUGGCAUUUAAAAUGCAAACCAGCAAAUUGUUCGACUAUCACUGUGUGGAGGUAGUACCCAUUUUACCGGUGCUAACGAGCGCUUCAUACAUCUUUGUGAAAAGUAAAGUUGCUGUGUGCCGACAGCACGAGAAAGGGAUAGAAAAAGGGACUUUGUAUAUAUCUGUUAUACAGUUUAUGAAAUUUCAAACAAGCAGCCUUAGAUGAUUUUUUUUUUUGUUUUUUAUUUCCUAAAAAUUAAGCUAACUAGCUUUUUUGUGUAAAACUCUUUUUUGAUAUGUUGUACCAAGCACAGUAUUAUAGAAAUAAAGCGACACGUUUUGUAUUAUCAUUUAGAGCUCUCGUCAGGAUUUCAGUUCUAGCACACCUCUGCCCGUUUCCCGGUGUUUCAGCAUCUCUUUGGACAUUCGUUCUCCAGGUAUCUGUUUAACAGUUUCAGAUGAGAAGGGUCACGUGCCGCAUGAUUUCUCGCAGUUCUACGCUUUGUUUCCACUUAUUUUCCUUUUUGCGUUCAUUUUUAGUCCUUGAAAGUGAGGGAGAGAAGAUGUUUGUGUUCAGACUGAACUAGUUUAUAUAUUCAACAUUUGAAGUAUAUUCUAUUCUGUUGUACUCUUGUUUCAAAGUGUAUUCAUGUAGAUUUUACUGAAAUAUACAAAAAAGAAACUAAUUUGAUUUUUUUUUUUUUGUUUGAUUCCUUUC